AUGCGCCGUCGUCGGACGAGCAACGGAGAUACACGAAAACAAGGCCAAAACCGCCUCUCGAUCCCGUUCAACAACAUCGAAAACGAUUUUCUGACGGAGGAGGAGAAGGAGUACCUCCUCGGCGAGGAUGAGAAAGGGAAGAAGCGGUUUCUGGAGGUGGAGGUCGUGCAGCCGUCGCUGGAGGUGGAGACGGUGAAGCUUUGCCGGUGGGAUAUGCCGAAGAAGAGUGGGAAGACGUCGUCGACCUACGUUAUUCGAGGGAGUUGGAAUGCGGUUGUGAAGAGCAAUAAACUCCGGUUCAACGGGACGGUGCAGCUGUGGGGUUUUCGGGUUGAUCGGGAGCUGUGCUUGGCGCUCGUGAAGGUGCCGAGGAAUCGUGCCGCCGCCUGA